CUACAAACACUGUCUCUUCUCUUCUUCCGUCCUACAGAUUCUAAAGGAGGCCAUUUUUGAUUUCUCCGAGAGGAUCACAGCUCUUUCGUCCACUCUCGGCCAUACUUGUUGAUAAAGAUGGCGGCCAUGGCAGCGAAGCUUCAUUUAUCGGCGAAAUCGGAUCAGAGCAGUGUGCGAUUGCCGAGAGUGAUCAACCUCUCGCGCGAUCCGACGACUAGAGUCUCAUUUCCAAGGCAUGGAUCGGUUUGUUCACUCCACACUAAUUUCUCUUCUCCGAAAGUAGCGGUUCCAUGCGCCGGAGGUGGCGGUGGUGAUGGGAGCAUCGGUAAUCACGGCGGCGGUUGCGGGGGAGGAGGUGGAGGUUCAGGCGGUGAAGAAUCGUCGCCAUGGGGACCAAUUGGGAUGUUCAUCCAGGGAUGGAGAUCAAGAGUUGCAGCUGAUCCUCAAUUCCCUUUCAAGGUACUAAUGGAGGAGAUUGUAGGACUUAGCGCUUGUGUUCUCGGAGACAUGGCUUCACGCCCCAAUUUCGGAUUGAACGAGCUCGAUUUCGUCUUCUCCACUCUCUGUGUAGGUUCGAUUCUGAAUUUCUUACUCAUGUAUCUGUUAGCUCCCACUGCAGCAACUCUUGGCUCCUCACAGACCUUGCCUGGAAUCUUUAGAAACUGUCCAUCAAGCCAUAUGUUUGAACAGGGUAGCUUCACCCUUAUGAACCGUUUUGGGACUCUUGCAUACAAAGGGAUGGUUUUUGCCACUGUUGGAUUAGCUGCAGGUCUUGUCGGAACCGCCAUCUCUAAUGGUUUGAUCAUGCUGAGGAAGAAGAUGGACCCUGGAUUCGAAACGCCAAACAAACCGCCACCUACUGUGCUCAAUUCCCUAACUUGGGCAACGCAUAUGGGAGUGAGCGCCAAUGUGAGGUACCAGACGUUGAAUGGAAUUGAGUUCUUGCUCGCCAAGGUGUUGCCCCCAUUGGUGUUUAAGACCGGUGUUGUGGUUUUAAGGUGUGCUAACAAUGUUGCUGGAGGUAUGUCGUUUGUUAUAUUGGCUAGGAUGACGGGAUCACAGUCAGUAGAGGAGGAGAAGACAGACAUGUCAGAGAUUUCAGAGAAAGUGAAGGAUGAUUGAAUCUCAUCUUUGUUCUUUCGAGGUUUUUGUUCCUCUGUGUUUUAAGUCCGUUCAUAGGCAUUUCGAGUUUGAAACCAUUUUCCGCUAUACGACUUAGUUCUGGUUUGUGUUGGAAUAAAUAAGAUGAAUCCCUUCUUAGGUCCAAUCCUAAUAUUUGGAUGUCAUUGUUAGGCCAAGUUUGCUGUUUUCUUUAUCAACCACCAUGAAUAUAAACUCAAUAAAAAUUACAAAUAAAACUUGAAUGAUUUGUUUA